AUGAGGCCGGCUUUCGCCUUGUGCCUCCUCUGGCAGGCAUUCUGCCCAGUACCUGGCCGUGGGGAGCACCCCACAGCUGACCGCGCCGGCUGCUCAGCCUCCGGGGCCUGCUACAGCCUGCACCACGCUACCAUCCAACGAAAGGCAGCUGAGGAGGCCUGCAGCCUGCGCGGUGGGGCGCUCAGUACCGUGCGUGGAGGCCCAGAGCUCCGCGCAGUGCUCGCGCUCCUGCGGGCAGGCCCAGGGCCUGGAGGGGGCUCCAAAGAUCAUCUGUUCUGGGUCUCUCUGGAGCGCCAGAAAUCCUACUGCACCCAGGAGAACAAGCCUCUACGGGGUUUUUCUUGGAUGGUACCCGACGGCGACGGGUUGGAAAGCGAGACCCUGCAGUGGGUUGAAGAACCCCAACGUUCCUGCACCUCGAGGAGAUGCGCAGGCCUGCAGACCACCGGGGGAGUUGAGCCCGCAGGCUGGAAAGAGAUGCGCUGCCACCUGCGCGCAGACGGCUAUUUGUGCAAAUACCAGUUUGAAGGCUUGUGUCCCGCGCCGCGCCCCGGAGCCGCCUCCAACUUGAGCUACCGGGCGCCCUUCCAGCUGUACAGCGCCGCGCUGGACUUCAGCCCCCCGGGGACCGAGGUGAGUGCGCUCUGCCCGGGGCAGCUCACCGUCUCAGCCAACUGCAUCGCAGACGAAGUCGGUACGCACUGGGACGGGUUACCUUCCGAAGGCGUGCUCUGCCCAUGCCCAGGGAGGUACCUCCGUGCUGGCAAAUGCGUUGAGCUCUCUAAUUGCCUAGAUGACUUGGGAGCCUUUAUCUGCGAAUGUGCUGCAGGUUUUAAAUUAAGUAAGGAAGGCCGCUCAUGUGUGAGCAAUAGAGAAGAACAGCUGAGCCCUGGGGAGACUGAAGUGGCCACUCUGAGCCCGCACAUCACUGCAGCUAGCCCUAUACCAAGGAGAACGGGAUCACCCAGAGGCAAUGAGAAACAAGGAGAGCUACCCCUUGUCUCUCAACAAGGCAGCACACCACCACCUAUUCCAGAAAUUCCGAGAUGGGGAGCACGAAGCACGAUGACAACCCUUCAAAUAUCCCCUAAAGCCAAGUCAAAACAAGCCACCACUCCUUCAGGAAGCGUAAUUCCCAAGUUUAAUUCCACCUUGUCUUCCUCUGCUACUUCCCCAACUUUUGACUCCUCCUCUACUGUGGUCUUCAUACUUGUGAGCAUAGCAGUUGUGGUGUUGGUGAUCUUGACCAUGACAGUGUUGGGGCUUUUCAAACUCUGCUUCCACAAGGGUCCUUCCUCCAGCCCCAGGAAAGGAACUUUGACUACGCCAGGAGUGGAGAGCGAUGCUGAGGCCUCUGCUUUGCGCUCCAAUCCUGCACAUUGCACAGACAAUGUGGUGAAGGUUGGGGGCUGUAGUCUGCAGGACAGGGCAGAAGACUCCUUAUUGGUGGGUUCCUCUCAUGGCUCUGGUGACAGUGGGCACUUCUUGUGA